CCCACCCUCCACUACUUCCAGAGCUAUACCCUUCUUUCUUUUCCCAUCUCAUUGUUUCAAGCACUAACUUAGUUCUUUCUCUCACUUAUCUCUUGGGAUUCUCCAAGUCAACUCCUUGCCUAUAGUAUAAAUACCUGACAUUAAGCUCAUCUGUAGCAUCCAAAACAAGAGACAAAGAAGUGCAGUAACUUAAUUAAGCCUUCUCUUCUCCUCCUAUUACAUCAGUUAUUAUUAGUUUACGUUUGUUCUUUCGAGUUUGUUUUGAAUAAUUAGUGAUAUAAAUGGAGAAUGAGGAUGUUCCAUCUGCUCCUUCAACCCCAGCAACACCAGGGACUCCUGGCGCUCCUCUCUUUGGGGGGUUAAGGGUAGAUCAGAGGGGUGGGAUCAGUAGAAAAUCCAUUCUCAAGAGCUGCAGAUGCUUCAGUGUGGAAGAAUGGUCCAUGGAAGAAGGGAGAUUACCCUCUGUCUCUUGUUCAUUGCCACCUCCUCCAGUCUCUCUCACAAGAAAGCAGGUGGGAGCUGAGUUCAUAGGUACUCUCAUACUAAUCUUUGCUGGGACAGCCACAGCCAUUGUGAACCAAAAGACACAAGGCUCUGAAACACUCAUUGGCCUGGCUGGCUCCACCGGCCUUGCUGUCAUGAUUGUUAUACUCUCCACAGGUCACAUCUCGGGAGCACAUCUCAAUCCAGCAAUCACCAUUUCCUUUGCUGCACUCAAACACUUUCCCUGGAAACAUGUACCAGUCUACAUUGGAGCACAGGUAAUGGCAUCACUAUGCGCUGCAUUUGCACUUAAGGGAGUGUUUCACCCAUUUUUGGGAGGGGGAGUCACAGUUCCUUCAGGGGGAAUCGGUCAAGCUUUUGCUUUGGAGUUUGUUAUUAGCUUCAAUCUCAUGUUUGUUGUCACUGCUGUGGCCACCGACACUAGAGCUGUCGGAGAGCUGGCGGGAAUCGCAGUUGGAGCUACUGUCAUGCUCAACAUACUCAUAGCCGGACCAUUUACAGGUGCUUCGAUGAAUCCAGUAAGAACAUUGGGACCAGCCAUAGCAGCAAAUAACUACAAAGCUAUAUGGGUCUACUUCACUGCUCCCAUCCUGGGGGCACUAUGUGGUGCAGGAACCUAUACUGCUGUCAAACUGCCCGAGGAAGAUGGUGAAAAGCCAGUAACCGUGAGGAGCUUCAGGAGGUAAUUAGCAUCCGUCAAUGACCUGCACCAUCCAGGACUUCGUGAGGAAACAUUGCAGAUGAACAGGGAGCAAUUUCAUAAUUGUGACACAUCGGUAUUUGGAUAUAAAUAAGUGAAUUGUGUGUAUCGAUCAUAUAUAUAUAUAUAUAUAUAUACAUAUAUGUAUAACAGUGUAGUCAAGCUAUAGAUGUUCCUGAAAAAAUGGGAGAAAAAGAUACAAGAAAUUGGCAUUUGACUUUCAUUUGCCAGUGUAUAUUGGAGUUUGGCUGGGUUAAAAAAGAUGAGGAACGACUGAAAAAAGGAGGAAGAAACAGGAUGUGGUUUACGGCCUUCAACCCUUAUUCUCUAGGGGCAAAUGACCAGGAAAAAAAGGUAUUGUGUAGGUCUUCUCUCAUCUUCCAGAGUUUUUUUCCCACCUAUUUCCCUCCCCCGCUUAAAGGCCAUGUAAAAGCAGAGAAAUGAGAAAUGGAGAUUGGAUCUCUCACAGUGUUUCUCUUCCACCUAUUCAAGACUCUUUAGCUCCUUGUUGAACCAUAUUAUUCUGAAUGCAGUUUUGCACAUAUAGAAUAUGCAUUAUAACUAACAAGUAGUUCCUGCAGACAAUAUUAACCAUCUAAAUUCAAGUUGGCCAAGAGACAAGUUUGUGCAUCCACAAUCAUCAGUCAUCACAGGACUUGUCUGUGCAUUCAACAUAAAUAUUGAACUCAGCAAUUUUUAUUUCCUUUAUGGAUAGUUUGGGUGGGAGGAUUCAAAGUUGGAACCUCCUUGGAGGUAGAGAGUAGCAACGAUCAAGCUAUUUCCUUGGCUAUGUAGUGCUUGUAAGAAAAUCUAUGGGCAAAAGCAAAUAUGUAAUCGUAACCAGGAUACAAAGAUUAAAGUAGAAAGAAGUACACUGCCAAUUUCUUCUAAAUAAGUAAUAUCAAGCUGUAACCAAAGGCGGCAAAGUCACUACUGAAACCAAGAUGCACUACAGGAGAAUGACAAAAAAAGAAAAAAUAAUGUGGCAUGGUGCCAAGCUUUGCAAAGGUGAUGGGAUGAAGUUCCUUGAAAGCUUCUAAUAGGAACUGGUUACCAUAAGCACCAGAACAGAGAGAAACAACUCGAAAAUUGUAGAAUUCAACAGAAAAUUAUUUUCGAUGAUAUCAACAUGAUUAACUUGCUAAGAUAAGCUCAAAUGCCGAUAUACACACAAGAAAGUUUUAAAAGGGCAAUAACAAACAUCAUAGACAAAAUUUGAAGUCUCACAACAUUCAAUCAAAGAUGCAUAUAACUGGGAAAGAAAAAUGGGAACUGAAACAGAGAUUUAAAAUUGUAUUCGCCUCCAUGGUAGACAAGAAUGCGUUUUGGCCCUACAUUGCAAUGUGCUUUGAUUUAAUAUUACUAAUGUCAAAAUCCAAAGCAUUUGCUUUGCUUUCCCAUCAACUAAACAAGCCAAAUGAAUUAUCAACAUACAUUGACACACAAGUUCCCAACACCUUGGAACUCUCAUCUUUAUUUAUCUACUUUCUCUUUUUAUUCAAUUCCUCGGCAACCAAACAACCCUGUGCUUUAACAAAUGCACAACCCCUCGAACAAAUUUAAUCUCAAAUGCCCAGUCAAAAAUGCAGAAGAUAAACGAAAAAACUCAAAAUAUUUCCUUACUGCUUUCUUUCCCUUCAUUUCAUCGGCAACCAAAUGUUUCCUGUCCUCCAAGUAACUAGCCAUGCGUUGAAUCUACCAAAAAACAGUCAACCCAUUUACCCAAUUAACGGG